AGCCCUGGAUGCCCCCAAAGACCUGUCUGUAGCAGAGGUAACGGAGACCACCAUGACGCUGGAGUGGAAGCGGCCGGUGGCCAAACUGGACUCCUACAGGCUGGUCUACGUGUCUGCUGAUGGUCAGAGGGCUGAAGACACGGUGGCAGCCAGCUCUGACUCUCACACCCUGAGGGGCCUGAACCCUGGCAUGAUGUACACCGUCAGCAUGACCGCAGAGCGGGGCCGCAGGAACAGCGUCCCCGCCACCGUCUCAGCUCCCACAGCGGAGGAGAUGCCAGCGGUGACCAACGUCACGGUCAGCGACGUGUCCUGGGAGAGUUUCCUCCUGUCCUGGUCUGCUGAUGACGGGGCCUUCCAGGCCUUUCUGAUCCAUCUCACUGACGCUGAGACGGGCGCUGAGUGGCAGAACUACACAGUGCCCGGCGACGUGCGCAGCCUCACGCUCUCAGGCCUCUCCCCCAGCACCUGGUACAGCGCCGGGCUGUACGGGGUGCACCAGGGGGCGCUCUUAGACCCGGUGUUUGCAGACACCAUUACAGAGACCGAACCAGAAGUGCAGGCUCUCCAGGUGUCCAAUGUGACUGCUGAUGGUUUUACGCUGGCCUGGACGGCGGAGGAGGACGCCUUCGACACCUUUGUUCUGAUGCUUAUGGCGGCCGAGGACCCCAGCCGACCAAAGGAGCUGGUUCUGGGUGGCGAGGAGAGAAACGUCACACUGAGCGAUCUGAUGCAGGACACCGAGUACAAUGUUGAGGUGUUUGGGCUCAUUUUGGGCAGACGCUCCAAGUCUGUAAGAGCGCGGGUGAGAACAGACCUCGGCUCUCCAAAGGGCAUCCGCUUCUCCGGAGUGACCGAUACGUCCGCCACCGUCCACUGGCUGACUCCCAGGGCCCGGGUGGACCGCUACAUUGUCACCUACAUGCCUGCUGAUGGAGGUGUGGCCAAGACCCUGACAGUGGAUGGCUCCAUGUCACACACCGUCCUGCCAAACCUGACGCCUGGGGUCACCUAUGAGGUCAUCAUCGUUGCUGUCAAGCAGGAGAGAGAAAGUGAGCCUGGAUCUGACAGCGUCACCACAGCUCUGGAUAAGAUCCGUGGACUGACAGCAAUCAACAUCACAGACACUGAGGCCCUACUGCUGUGGCAACCCGCCAUCGCCACCGUAGAUGGUUACGUCAUCACAUACAGCGCAGACACUGUGACUCCAGUGAUGGAGCGUGUGUCAGGAAACGUUGUGGAGUUUGAGAUGAGCUCCCUGAAGCCAGCCACACUCUACACGGUGAAGGUCUACGCUGUGAGGGACUCAGCCAAGAGUGCAGCCACUACCACGGAGUUCACCACAGAUGUUGACGCUCCACAGGACCUGGCGGUCACCAACAUCCAAACAGAGAGCGCCAUGCUCACCUGGAAGCCCCCCCGCGCUGACAUCACUGGCUACCUGCUCCACUUUGAGUCUGCUGUCGGCACCAUCCAUGAGGUGGUUCUAGGUCCUACCGCCGUGUCCUACAACAUGGCCGACCUCAAGGCUUCCACAGAAUACUCCGUUAGGAUGGAGGCUCUGGCUGGUCCCAAGAGGAGCCAAGUGGUCUCUACCAUCUUCACCACCACCGGCGUGCUGUACAGACACCCCAGGGACUGCUCACAGGCCCUACUGAAUGGCGACACCUCAUCAGGUGUUCACACCAUCUACCUGGGAGGAGAUGAGAGCCAACCCCUGCAGGUCUACUGUGACAUGAGCACCGAUGGAGGCGGCUGGAUUGUCUUCCUGCGGCGUCAGAGCGGCAGGCUGGAGUUUUACCGUAACUGGAAGAACUACACGGCUGGUUUUGGUGACAUGAACGAUGAGUUCUGGCUCGGUCUGUCCAACUUGCACAAGAUCACAUCUGGAGGACAGUACGAGCUGCGGGUUGAUCUGAGAGACAAAGGAGAGAUGGCCUACGCUCAAUAUGACAAGUUUUCUGUCUCUGAGCCUCGGACGCGCUACAAAGUCCAUGUGGGAGGAUAUAGUGGGACAGCAGGGGACUCUAUGACCUACCAUCAUGGCCGCCCUUUCUCCACCUAUGACCACGACAACGACAUCGCUGUGACCAACUGCGCUCUGUCCUAUAAGGGAGCAUUCUGGUACAAAAACUGUCACCGGGUCAACCUGAUGGGUCGCUAUGGUGAUAACAGCCACAGCAAGGGGGUAAACUGGUUCCACUGGAAAGGCCACGAACAUUCCAUCGAGUUCGCCGAGAUGAAGAUCCGGCCUUCAAACUUCAGGAAUCUGGAGGGAAGGAGGAAACGCUCCUAAACGACCAACUCCACCACCAUCAGCACCACCUCCCUGCCUGGGCUCUCCAUAACCCCCUCCCCCUUCUGCACACACACACACCCCCCCACUGCAGCAACCAAAGCCUUGGAUGAGACCCCUCCACACCCGGUGCGCCUCCCCCUCCCCCAUCUACCUGUUCAUCAGCCUCUCCUGUCUGUUUCAAUGAUUGGAUGCAAACACGCCUACCCCGCCCCCACUUCACCCCCCACACCAAAGAGCAUCACUGGUCAUUAUGGGGGGGGCGCUCCAACACCUCGGGCAUCAUGUGGUGUUACAGUCCGGCUGCUCGUUUCUGAUAUACUGAUCCGAUGAAUCCGGUUUCUGCCACAGAGCCGUUCACAUCUGGACUGCCUCACAUCUGGACUUCCUCACAUUUCAAACUGAGCUGCAUUCUGCUGAUGACGCUCAUGCUCCAACUGACCCGCCCACACCAGCCACCGUCUGAGCAUGGACGGCGGCCAUGUUCCUGCUCCUGACCCGUCCCGCUGCAGGCGACACGCUGCAGCUUCUGCUUCAGAAAGUCUUUGUUUCUCUCAUGAAAUCCGAGGCAGGACCGGUGAGCCACCGGAUGAAGACGUGGUCCCCCCCCCUUGCAUAAUGUGAAUACCGUCCUGAUAUGUGGAGCCACAGGAAGUUUAUGUGAUGUUUGAAACGUAAAGAUUUCAAAAAGGCCAAUUUCAAUUGAAAUUUCAGUGUUUAUAGUAAAGUUUCCAUGAUUUUUAAAAAUAGUGUUUGAACUGGUUGAAACUAGUAACUAGUUACUCUUUGUACCCCCCCGUCCCCCCCUGCUUUUUGUAGGUCACUAAACCACUGACGUUGUAAGGAAUGCCUGUAAAUGAUGUUUUCAGAUUGUUUUGUCUGUUUUGAAAUGCAGUUGUGUCUCUGUAAACUGGAAAACAAUAAAACCAUCUGAUCAAAGGCUGGAAUCAUCAGAGCGA